GUCAAAUGUCUAUUUGGCAAAUGUAAGCAUCCAAUGUGGCAGGUUUGAGUCCAAGUCAGCAAUAUUAUGUGGCAAGGCAAGGACUGAAUUGAAAAAUUAGGUUUAAAAGAAAUCAAAAAUGAAGUAAACCCAUUUUCCCUUUCACUGUUGCUCUUCCCUCCCCUGCAUUCUCGUGAUUGAGGGUUCGCGCUUUUUGUCAGGUUGGUGGUUUCAUUCAAUUCGUUUGCAUUGUUUUGGUGGUUUGAUUUGGGGUUUUACAUGUUCGAGGGGUUUCAUUUGCGGCAUUGUCUUCGCGCUUCGUAGGGAGGUUUAUGAUCGUUUAUUAUUUUCGUUUAUGAUGCUCUGUUUUUAUAGAUGACAAUGUUUUUGGUUUUUGAUUGUGUCUUCGCGGUUUUUGACAAUGUCAAUGUCUUCGCGCUUUUUGAGGUAGGUUUUUUUAUUUCCUAAUAUCUGACCAUGUUUGCGGUUUCUGAUUGUGUAGAAUGAAUGAUAAUAUAACUUUAGUAUUGCACCAUGGAGGAAGAUUCACUCCACGUGCCAGUGAUGGAAAGGUUGAAUAUAUAGGCGGAGAAUUUGACGUUUGGGAGGAUAUAUCUGCAGAUUGCCUGAAUGCAUUUAUCUUAUAUGAUCUGGUGAAAGCUUGUAAGAAGUAUAGUAAUAUAGGAGAAUGUUUUUGGUUGAUUGAUAAGGACUUAGAUUUUAAUCAUGGGUUAAGGAGUUGUACAACUGAUGGAGAUAUAUUACACUUAGUUAGGGAUGCUUUUGAAAAUGAGAAUGAGAUAAAUGUUUAUUUUCAUCAUGAAGUAGAUCCAAUUUUAGAAGAAGUCCCACAAAUGUUGUACUUGGAAUGUUAUCCAAUUCGAAAAGCUGUUGAGAAUGAGGAUGAUUUAGAUGAUGUACCUGUUGCUGGCCAUGAGGAAGAUGUUGGUGCUGGAGAGCAGACAGAUGCUGGUGAGCAGAUGGAUGCUGGUAAGCAGAGGGAUGGUGAUGAGCAGAGGGAUACUGAUGCUGGUGAGCAAAGAGAUGGUAGUGAGCAGAGGGAUACUGAUGCUGGUGAGCAAAGAGAUGGUAGUGAGCAGAGAGAUGCUGAAGCUGGUGAGGAGAGAGAUGCUGAUGGUGAAGAGAGAGAUGUUGCUGAUAGUGAGGAGGAAAGGGAAGUUGACAGUGAUGAGACAGAUGCUGAGUGGUUUAUAAAUUUCUCUUGUAUGUUGAAUGAAGUUGAAGCUGAAGUUGAGACAGAUGGUUAUCAUUCAGAGGAGCUUAAUAUCCCCAUUAGUAGUGAUGAUGAAGAUGAGGAUGUUGAAGUUUAUCCUCAAUAUAGUCAAAGUAGUGGAGUUGGUGAACAGAAGUUGGAAUUAGGGAUGGAGUUUGGUACUCUAGAUGAAUUUAAAUCUGCCUUGAGGGAGUAUAGCAUAUUGAUGGGCAGGGAGUUCAAGUGGAAGAAGAAUGAUAAACAGAGGGCUAGAGCAAAAUGCAAGAAGGCAUUUUGUGAUUGGGAAAUCUACUGUGCAAAUAAUGAAGUUAGAAACUCUUUUCAGAUAAAGACAUUUAAGCAUAACCAUAAUUGCUGCAGAGAAGUGAACAACAAACAAGCAAAUAGACAGUGGGUGGUCAGUAAACUUGAGGGCAAACUCAGAAUGCAGCCAACCCUUAAAUGUGUUGAAGCUUUGGAAUAUUUCAAGCAAGAGUUUGGAGUGCACAUUGAAGUUACAAAGAUGUGGAGAGCCAUGAAAGAAGCAAAGCAAUUAGUGGAAGGGAAUGAGAGGAAACAAUAUGCCAAAGUAUUUGAUUAUGCACAUGAAUUGUUGAGGAGCAAUCCUGGAUCAACAGUUAAGAUCAACACAGUGCCAAGUCCAGAAGGUCCACCACAAUUUUAGAGGCUAUAUAUUUGUCUUGCUGGCUGUAAGAAGGGGUUUGUUGCUGGAUGUAGACCAUUCAUAGGUCUAGAUGGAUGUUUCCUAAAGAGUGCAUUUGGAGGAAACUUGCUCUCUGCUGUUGGGCUUGAUGGCAAUAACCACAUCUAUGUUAUUGCUUAUGCUGUUGUGGACAUUGAGAACAAAGACAAUUGGAAAUGGUUUUUAACUUUGUUGCAUGAAGAUCUUGGGGAUUACAUACAGAAUGGGUGGAAUUUCAUGUCAGACAUGCAAAAGGGACUUAUUCCAGCUUUACAGGAAGUCAUGCCUGGUGCACCUCAUAGAUUUUGUGUCUUGCAUCUUUGGAAAAAUUUUACAAAGCAAGGAACUUAAAGGAAUUGUGUGGCAAUGUGCAAAAUCCACUACUGUUGCUGAGUUUGAAGGCCAUAUGGCCCAUUUGAAGACAAUCAACUGCCAGGCUUGGGAGUAUUUGAAUAAAUGGCCCAAACAAGCAUGGACAAAAGCCCACUUCAGUACAACACCCAAGGUGGAUAAUAUAUGCAACAACACUUGUGAGGUAUUCAAUUCCAGAAUUCUGCAGUAUAGAUGCAAGCCUAUUAUCACAAUGCUUGAAGAAAUUAGAAGUUAUAUCAUGAGAACCAUGGCUGCCCGCAAGGUUAAACUUUCUGGAAAACCUGGACCAUUAUGUCCAGUGCAGUAUAAAAGACUAGAAAAAGAAUUCCAUUUUGCUAAUCAAUGGACUCCCAUUUGGUGUGGUGAUAACAUGGGCCUGAGAUAUGAGGUCCACAUGUGGGGGAAUAAGGUUGAGGUCAAUUUAGGUGAAUGGACAUGCACUUGUGGAGUAUGGCAA